AUGCGGACGCAAAACACCAUCCAGGAGGGAGAGAAAGACGAGGUAAACCUGUGGUUGGAGCGGACGCAGUGGUUGCCGUAUUUAGUGGGCAUGGAGCGACCUGAGCUGAUGGCGUGCAUCGAGGAACCCGUGGCAGAGCCCGAUCCCAGGCAGGAGCAGCAGGCCGAGCCCGUAGAGGCAGCAAUGUGGGCAGCGAUGGAGGGAUUGGCGCGGUUCAGUCAAGCGUCUGUCAUCCACCGCAUCGGCGUGUUCGUGCGGCUGGAGGCGAUCUGGACAGAGAAGCACCAGACGCGAUUCUAUCUAGCCGUUGCAGCCGAGGCGUUGGUCGAGGCGGCGGAGAGAAGCGUCGAAGGAGAGGAAGAAGAAGAGGAAGAAGAAGAGGAAGAGGUGGAGGACGAAGACGAAGAAGACGAGACUAUGGCAGACGUCGACGAAGCCAUCGACGAGAUAGAGACAGACACAGCCAAGCCUACCACUAACGCCAUUAGUAAGCUAGAGAGGUUGUUAAGCAUCUAG